GGCUAUAUAGUACGGACCAACCAACUGGACCUGGUUGUUGCCCUUCCUUCUUCGGCUCUUUAACAGUUCGCUGCUGUCGAUCUCUGCGGAUCUCGAUCUCCAGCAAUGGCGAUUAACGGAACCGGCCGCCUCGCCUCCGUCUACAGUGAGGUUCAGACAAGCCGCCUUAACCACUCACUCCCCUUACCCUCCGUUCUCAAGUCCUCUUUUAAGAUUGUCGACGGCCCGCCAAGCUCCGCCGCCGGGAAUCCAGAGGAGAUCGCACAGCCGUCGGCAUCGUUGGUGCCGAACGCAGCCGAUCCGACGGAGCUGGGCGAAGGUCUCAAGAUCGGUGUUGUGCUUUCGGGAGGGCAGGCCCCGGGCGGGCAUAAUGUGAUUUCUGGUUUAUUUGAUUACUUGCAGGAUCGUGCUAAGGGGAGCACGCUCUAUGGGUUCAGGGGUGGCCCGGCCGGUAUCAUGAAGUGUAAAUACGUGGAGCUGACGCCGGAGUUUAUUUAUCCCUACAGAAAUCAGGGUGGAUUUGAUAUGAUAUGCAGUGGAAGGGACAAGAUUGAAACUCCUGAACAGUUUAAGCAAGCUGAAGACACUGCCUUGAAACUCAAUUUGGAUGGCCUUGUUGUUAUAGGCGGAGACGACUCAAAUACAAAUGCAUGCCUUCUUGCUGAAUACUUCAGAAAAAAGAAUAUAAAAACUCGGGUUAUUGGGUGCCCAAAAACAAUCGACGGAGAUCUAAAAUGCAAGGAAGUUCCCACAAGUUUUGGGUUUGAUACAGCUUGCAAGAUUUAUUCCGAAAUGAUUGGAAAUGUUAUGAUAGAUGCUCGUUCUACGGGAAAGUAUUACCAUUUUGUGAGACUAAUGGGCCGUGCUGCUUCUCACAUUACGUUGGAAUGUGCUCUGCAAACACAUCCCAAUGUAACAAUUAUUGGGGAAGAGGUUUCAGCCAAGAAGCAAACUCUUAAAAAUGUUACAGACUACAUUACUGAAAUAAUAUGCAAGCGUGCAGAGUUAGGUUACAACUAUGGUGUCAUACUUAUUCCAGAAGGCUUAAUUGAUUUUAUCCCUGAGGUUCAGACUCUUAUUUCAGAGCUAAAUGAAAUAUUGGCUCAUGGUGUUGUUGACCAAGAUGGGCAGUGGAAAAAGAAGCUCACACAACAGUCCCUUGCACUGUUUGAAUUCCUUCCCCAAGCAAUCCAGGAACAGCUUCUUUUGGAAAGAGAUCCUCAUGGAAAUGUUCAGGUUGCAAAAAUAGAGACUGAGAAAAUGUUGAUCUCAAUGGUUGAAACUGAAUUGGAGAAACGAAAGUUGGAGGGAAAGUAUGCAUACAAUUUUAAAGGACAGUCCCACUUUUUUGGCUAUGAAGGAAGGUGUGGUUUGCCCACAAAUUUUGAUGCGACAUAUUGCUAUGCAUUGGGUUAUGGUGCAGGAGCCCUUCUCCAGCAUGGAAAGACUGGAUUAAUUUCUUCAGUUGGUAACUUAGCUGCACCUGUGGAGGCAUGGUCUGUUGGAGGAACCGCAUUGACUGCAUUAAUGGAUGUCGAGAGGAGACAUGGUAAGUUCAAGCCUGUGAUCAAGAAAGCAAUGGUGGAGCUUGAUGGUGCACCUUUUCAAGAAUUUGCAUCUAAGAGGGAUGAAUGGGCCAUUAAGAACAGAUAUAUCAGCCCUGGCCCCAUUCAGUUCGUCGGCGUUGGAUCCAAUGACAUAAGCCGCACGCUGAGGCUCGAACUUGGCGUGCAUGCUUGAGUAUAUGUUCCUAAUGAAGUGAGAAUAAGGGUGAGUAUUAUUUUUGGUCGGCAUAUUGUACUGUUUUUUGUCGAUUGUUGGACGACAUUCUCUCCCUCAUCCUUUUGUAACGAGUUUUGCGCAGAGUCAAAACAUGUACUAUAGUUAUUCUUAUUCUGUAUGUAAUAUGUUUGCUUUUGUGUGGAAGCUUGGUGACUGCUUUUAAGCCCUUGCACGCUUCUCAAGACUGAAUGGCUGCAUCAACGUAGCCCGCUUGUUUUGUGUAAGACUAAUUUGUGUACCACCCACUAUAUGACUCUUAUAUGUUUCUUUUGGUACUAUUUGUG